CCGGUGGCGGUUUCCUGGAUCCGGAGCCGCGGCCCCGCGGAGCCGCCGCCAUGGACCUGCGAGCGGAGCUGCGAGCCGAGCUGCUCAAGUCCAUCUGGUACGCGUUCACCGCCCUGGACGUGGAGAAGAGCGGCAAGGUCUCCAAGUCCCAGCUCAAGGUGCUGUCCCACAACCUGUACACGGUGCUGCGCAUCCCCCACGACCCCGUGGCGCUGGAGGAGCAUUUCCGCGACGACGACGACGGGCCGGUGUCCAGCCAGGGCUACAUGCCGUACCUCAACAAGUACAUCCUGGACAAGGUGGAGGAAGGUGCUUUUGUCAAAGAAAACUUUGACGAGCUCUGCUGGACCCUGACGGCCAAGAAGAAUUACAAACCUGACCGGAACGGGAACAGUGUUGUGUCCCACCAAGACGCCUUCAAGCUCUGGUGUCUCUUCAACUUUCUCUCCGAAGACAAAUACCCUCUCGUCAUGGUGCCGGAUGAGGUGGAGUACCUGCUGAAGAAGAUCUGCACGGCCAUGAACGUGGAGCUGAACUCCUGUGAGCUGGAGGACCAGCUGUCCCAGGAGCCGCAGGGCCAGGCCGGGCUGACGGUCUGGCAGUUCCUGGACAUGGUGAACUCGGGGCGGUUCCUGCGAGGCAUCGAGCCGGAGGCCGUCAGCAUGGCCGUGGAGGAGGUGUACCAGGAGGUCAUCGAGGAUGUGCUCAAACAGGGCUACCUCUGGAAGAAGGGCCAGCUGAGGAGGAACUGGUCGGAGCGCUGGUUCACGCUCAAGCCCAGCGUCCUGUCCUAUUAUGUGAGCGAGGACCGGAAGGAGAAGAAGGGGAGCAUCAUGUUGGACAAGCACUGCUGCGUGGAGGUGCUGCCCGACCGGGACGGGAAGAGGUGCAUGUUCUGUGUGAAGACGUCCUCCCGCACCUAUGAGAUGAGCGCCUCCGACACCCGGCAGCGCCAGGAAUGGACCUUGGCCAUCCAGACAGCCAUCCGGCUGCAGGCGGAGGGCAAGAGGUCCCUGCACAAGGACCUGAAGCAGAAGCGGCGGGAGCUGCGGGAGCAGCGGGAGCAGCGCAAGGCGGCCAAGGAGGAGGAGACGCAGCGGCUGAAGCAGCUGCAGGAGGAGAAGGAGCGGAAGCUGCAGGAGCUGGAGCUGCUGAAGGAGGCCCAGCGGCAGGCGGAGGUGCUGCUGCAGGAGGAGGAGCAGCGGCGCCGGCAGCAGCACGAGGAGAUGCAGCGGACGCUGGAGAUCCAGCUGCGGGAGGCCGAGCAGGCCCGCGCCUCCAUGCAGGCGGAGAUGGUGCUGAAGGAGGCCGAGGCCGAGCGGCAGCGCAAGCGCAUCCUGGAGCUGGAGGAGAUGCAGCGGCGGCUGCAGGAGGCCCUGCAGCAGGAGGUGAAGGCGCGGCAGGACGAGGAGGCUGUGAGAUACGCACAGGCCAGGCUACUGGCUGAGGAAGAGGAGAAGCUGAAGCAGCUGAUGAAGCUGAAGGAGGAGCAAGAGGAAUAUAUCAUCAGAACUCAACGGGAGAAGCAAGUGCUCAAGCAGGAGAUGGAGAACAAGAACAAGUGUCUGGAGGAGGCGCAGAAGCAGCUGGAAGAAGUGAGGGUGAACAGGCAGCGGGUGGACCAGGAUGUCAUGGCAGCGCAGCAGAAGCUGCGACAGGCCAGCACCAACGUCAAGCACUGGAACGUCCAGAUGAACCGGCUGAUGCACCCCAUCGGGCCGGGAGAGAAGCGCACGAACGUGAGCGCAGGAGGCUUCGCGGGCUACCAGCCCCUCCUGUGCCGCACAGAUUCCUCCCUCAAGCUCAAGCAGAAAGCGGAGGACAAGGGCAGCGACUCCGCGAGGAACAGCGGCAGGGAGAGCGAGAGCAGCGGCACGCCACCGUCCCCGGACGCAGACACUGCGGCCAUGGAGCCCCACAACUAGCCCGGCUGCGUGGGGCCCGUGAGCGACACGGGCGACGCGGCUGGCUCGGGAGGGCCACGCGGGACCCACGCGGAGCCGGCGGCGCGCAGCGAGAGCCUCCCGUUUGCUGCGCGGAGCGGCCGCGGCGCGCCGGAGGCCCGGGCAGCCCCGCGCGGGGGCGGGGGGGGCGGCGGGGCCGCCUCCUCGGGCUCUGGGCUCCGUGCUCUGGUUCCCACCCCGCCAAAAAAACCCCACGACCCCCAGCCCAGCCGCUGCCGGGUCUGGAGCAGCGCGCAGGGCCGCAGCCCCGCGGUUUGUACCAGCACAGGCGUGCCGGGGGCGCAGCGCCUCCUUGUGAUCAAUUAAGCGCUUACGAGGUAA